CAAAGGAAUACACAUGUAAUAAGACACAACUCAAUACAAAUACAAGUGCAAUAGUCCAUCUUUUGAGAUUGGUGCUGGGGACUGCAUCAGUCAAAGCUCCUGCACACAUUUGUAUCACCAUGACAAACGUGUCUGAAUUAGGCGUGACCACAUUCACUAUGGCCUCCUUCUCCGGCAUGGAGAGCUUGAACUCUGUGUACUUUUGCCUUUUCUUCUUUCUGUACAUCGUCAUUAUUGUGGAGAACACGUCGUUGAUAGGGUUGAUCGUGCUGCAGAAGAGCCUGCAUGAGCCCAUGUACCUGCUGGUGUGUAACCUGGCCGCUAACGGGCUGUACGGCAGCACGGCCCUGCUGCCCGCCAUGCUGAAACACAUCCUGUCGCGGUCUCACCAGGUGACCCUGUCCAGCUGCCUGCUGCAGGUCUUCACCGUGCACACCUACGCCAUCGUUGAGUUCACCAUCCUCGCAGCGAUGAGCUACGACCGCUACGUGGCCAUCUGCCGGCCACUGCACUACCACACCGCCAUGCCCCUGAGCAAGGUGUACAAGAUCAUCACUCUGACCUGGCUGCUGCCGUUCGUGGCUUUCCUGGCCAUGUUCUCCUUAACGCUCAACCUCCGCUUCUGUCAGCCCGUCAUCGAGAGGUUAUACUGUCUUAACUACUCGCUGGUUAGACUGUCCUGUUCAGACACGGGGUACAUGAACGUCGUGGGCAUAGUCACCGUGUUUUUGUACACGGUGCCACAGAUAGUGCUUAUCUUUUACACGUACGGGCACAUUCUGAAGAUCUGUGUUUUCUCAUCUAGAGAGUCUCAGUCUAAAGCACUGCGGACCUGCACUCCCCACCUGUUGACCCUGGUUAACUACGCCAUCGGCUGCUUCUUUGAAAUAGCACAGAGUCGAUUUGAGUUAAGUCAUUUGACCUUUGAAAGUAGGAGCUUUAUGUCUCUCUACUUUUUGAUAUUCCCCCCCAUUCUUAAUCCAGCCAUAUACGGCAUGAGCAUUCAGCGAAUAAGGGCACCUGUUUUGAGGAUAUUCAAUGGCAAGAGAAAGAUCCCGGCAAAACCAUAAUCCAACUAUGUUGUUUAUAAUGUAGAUAGCUCACUUUACAGAAUAAUUACAGCAUAAAGGAUCUCCUAAAACUCUAUAUCAGUAUUCAUUUUGCCAUUUAAAAAAAGCUUCCUUAUGUCUAUAUCACUAAACAAUACUGGAUUUAUUAUAAGAUAUUAUGUUCCCAUGCAUGUGGCAGUCGUAUAUGUUCAGAAUCCUUCAUAAAUGUUGUUAAAAGCAUGUUUACAAAAUAUGAACUGGAGUUAUCAUGUGUAUUGUUGCUAUUUUCCAUCAUUGAACUAUGAUGGUAGAAUGGGACAGGCAAAGUAGCAUGACAGGAGAGGCAGGAGCAGGAGAGAGAGAGAAAGAUAGAGGGCGAGUAUAAUGUGUGCUUUAUCAUAUUCUUCACAGCUUGAUCACCAAAAUCCACAAACCAUGAUUGUGGGCACACACAAUUUCACGCAGUGCAGUUUUAAAAUGUUUAAACGUUUGAUAAAACUUUCAAUAAUAAUUAAACUCGGAAACAUGAUAUGCAUGGUCUAAGCAUCACCAUCAAGUACAUCAUGGAACCUUUAAGAGUUGCUGAAAGUAGCCAUUAUAAAUAACCAAUUUACCUUAAAUAUUGUCAUUUUGAAACCCCUUUUAGGUCCAUAAAGAAUGUGAUUUAAAUGUUUAUACUAAACCGAAUUUAAACGAAUGAACCAACAAUAUGACUGAUUUGAAAUGCUGUCAUGAAAUAUAGCAGGGCACGCUGGGACGUAAAUGUGAUAACGAUGGCUGUCACACUGCUAUCUGCGU